GACGUCCAGACCGGAAGCGGCGGAGUUCAGGCGGAAGCACGUUGUUGUGUCGGUGAUUCGCGGUGUUCCAGCGGGCGGAGAGUGAUCGGUUGUAUAAUGUUCCUGCAGUAUUAUCUGAACGAGGAAGGGGAGCGGGUGUACACCAUGAAGAAAGUAUGUCCGGGUGGACAGCCGACCUCUUCAGCACAUCCAGCACGGUUCUCUCCAGAUGACAAGUACUCCCGACACCGCGUUACUGUCAAGAAACGGUUUGGUCUACUCCUGACCCAGCAGCCAAGACCUGUUUUGUGAGCCUGGUGUAUAAUGGCUGUCUUUUGAUUUUGGCAGAAAGCCUAACCUCUCAAAUGAUUGAUGGACUCAGAAGGAUCAAGCAUUGCAAGUGACUUUAUUCUGUGGAUAAACCUAAAUACACACUGUUCUACAUUUCUUUUUUUAUGAUGUUCACACCUUUGUGGUAAUAAAUCCAUAACCGCUUUCAGUUUGGAAUCCA